AUGUGUAAACACAUUCUAAACGCCCAGGUUUCCAUUCGAUCUCCGUGCUGCCGGAAAUGGUUCGAUUGCGCCGAAUGUCACCAGGAGCAGGAAACUCAUCCGUUGAUUCAAUCAUUUGAUAUGACAUUUGCCUGCAAGAAAUGCAAAAAAUGUUUCCGCAAAGACACAUCCGAAUUCGAGGAAAGCGACGAAUAUUGCCCGCACUGUGACAACCAUUUCGUUAUAGAUGCAAAGACCCCUCAAGCUUCGCUACAAGUGGAGGGUGACGAUGUCCGUAUGGACGCGAGAAUGCUCAAAGACGACCGUGUUCGAGGUGAUGCGGAACGAUCUAUAUUCAACAUUAAAGAUGCGGCAGACAGAUUGGGAUAA